AUGAAACAUUUCAACAACACGAGAACCUUCUCACUUUCUCCUCUUCUUUUAUUGUUGCAAGCCCCUUCGAAGGUGUUUGUGGAACAAGUGUUUGUGAGAGUAUAUCAAACUAGAUUUGACGGUUUCAAUAGAGAUUUUGUUGAAUCAGUGGCGGAGCAAUUGCAACAAAAUCAACAACCUAAUUACCAAGUGGCGAUUGAACAAUUAUUAUCGGCUGUUUUAUUUGUGAUUCAGUAUUGUGUAUAUCAUCAACUGAAUACUCCCGAACAAAUACUGUCAUCGGAACUAUUUACGGAUAAUGAUCCUGCUUUUACAUCGCAUGAUAAAUUGAAACAACUUGUUGCUGGAACAGUGUUAAAAUUCCAUAGCGUUUGGAAAGAGCAAGCAUUGAACACACAAAUUGGAUUACCCAAAUUAGUGGAUAUGAAAUGGAGGGUGGAUUUGAGUACUGCAUCAAAUCUUAUUCAAAAGAUGGCAGCGCCAAGUGUGGUUAUUCAACUCAACGUGCAAAACCCAGCAGUAUCGACUGGCGUCAUGCCAAAAACGGAGCAAAUUAAUUUUGAAAUGGACAAGGAAACUCUCUCUACCAUGUUGAAAGGUCUUUCAAAGAUUAGAGAUCAACUUGCUUCCAUCAAAUAA